GCUACGUGUUGCUGCGCAGCAACAGAUAGAAAAAAUGGAGAGAGAGAGAGAGAGAGAGAGAGAGAGAGAGAGAGAGAGAGAGAGAGAGGAAUUCCCUCGCACAAACAAAAGCGAUUGCCAGGGCGUGUAUCAGUUCCUAUGGCUCCCAUAAUCCACGAUACCUGUGGCUGAAUGAGGUGUAAAACCCGGUGGAUGCAUGAUGUAAGGACUACCAGCUUCAAGAAGAAGCCUUCAGAUUUCUUUGAGGAAGGGACGCCAAUUUCUUUCUUUCUGGGGGGGAAACAGCAUAUUUGAUAUCGCGCCGAGUCCAAAAAGCUUCCUUCUCCUCUGCUCAAGCGGAGAGAAUCAACCUGACAGAGACGCGCCUGUCUGGACUCCUGGGUACAGGGGUCUCUGCCUUUAUUAUAAGGCCACAACUUGCCUCCCCUUCAAACUGUCAUAUGCCAUCGCUGGAAUUGAAAUGCGGAGUCUUCUUGUAGGAGGAUUCAGUGAACUGGAGGCGCUUUCAAUGUGAGUUGGUCUGUCUUUCUUUCUCUCUGCGUGCCGUGCGUCUAUGUGUGUCCCUCUCUGCAGUCAUGACAGGUCACGUCCUGGGGGAACCGGGAGCCGGGGCUCACAUGGAUGACAAGGCCGCCAUCCGCAUCAACGUGGGCGGCUUCAAGAAACGUCUCCAGUCCGACACUCUCUCCCGGUUCCCCGAGACGAGGCUUGCGCGUCUACUCCACUGUCAGUCCAAAGAGUCCAUACUGGAGCUGUGCGACGACUACGACGACACGGAGAAGGAGUUUUACUUCGAUAGAAACCCGGCUCUCUUCCCCUACGUGCUGAAUUUCUACAACACGGGGCGACUGCAUGUCAUGGCCGAGCUGUGCAUCUUCUCCUUCAGCCAAGAGAUCGAGUACUGGGGCAUCAACGAGUUCUUCAUUGACUCCUGCUGCAGCAGCGCCUACCACUGUAGAAAAAUGGACCAGGACCGAGAGGAUUGGGAAGACCGGAGCGAUGAAGGGAGCACCACUUCAUCUUUUGAUGAGCUUUUGGAGUUUUAUAACGACGCCUCCAAGUUCGACAAACAGCUGCUGGGCAGCGCACGGAGGCGCAUCUGGUUGAUGCUGGAUAACCCCGGCUACUCCGUGGCCAGCCGCAUCAUCAGCAUCCUCUCUAUCCUCGUGGUGCUUGGUUCCAUCGCUACUAUGUGCAUGAACAGCAUGAGCGAGUUCAGCCUGUUGGACAGCGAGGGGCAACCCACAGAGGACCCCCGUUUCGAGACUGUGGAGCACUUUGGCAUCGGCUGGUUCACCCUAGAACUGGUCGCCAGGUUCGUUGUGGCGCCAGAUCUUCUGCAUUUCUUCGAGCACCCGUUAAACGUUAUAGACCUGGUGUCCAUUCUCCCGUUUUACCUGACACUCCUUAUAAACCUGGUAGUGGAGAGCAGCCCGGCGCUGGCCAACCUGGGACGCGUUGCGCAAGUGCUGAGGCUGAUGAGGAUUUUCCGCAUCCUGAAACUGGCCCGGCACUCCACAGGGCUGCGCUCCCUGGGGGCCACCCUCAGGAACAGCUACAAAGAGGUGGGCCUGCUUCUCCUCUACCUGGCCGUCGGGGUGUCGUUUUUCUCCGUCAUGGCCUACACGGUGGAGAAAGAGGACAGCGAGGAUCUCUCAACCAUCCCGGCGUGCUGGUGGUGGGCCACCGUCAGCAUGACCACCGUUGGGUACGGAGACGUGGUGCCGGUGUCCAUAGCGGGCAAGCUGACCGCCUCGGCGUGUAUCCUGGCUGGGAUCUUAGUAGUUGUGCUUCCGAUUACGCUUAUUUUCAAUAAGUUCUCCCUCUUCUACAAGAGACAAAAACAGCUGGAGAUCGCAAUGAGAAGCUGUGAUUUCGACGAGGGGAUAAAAGAGGUACCCUCGGUCAACCUGAGGAACUAUUACGCACACAAAGUCAAAUCCCUCAUGGCGAGCUUAUCAAACAUGAGUCGGAGUUCACCCAGUGAACACAGUCUGAAUGAAUCAAUACACUGAAACAGUUUCAUCAAGGACACCCGGUCAGUUUGGGUGACACUGUUCACUCAGUGUGGUUGCAUGGGGAGCUGUCCAGGGUGCUGAAACCUCUGGACCGAAAGCCUGCUUCCUUCCACAGAUGUCCGACCGUUUGCCUCUCUGUAGCUCAGUGCAAUAAUGUGUUAGUCUAUGUGUCAGUGACAAUGAGAAAGUACGCAAAUGUACAGGACAGCCUGAUUAUAAUAUCUCACUGUGCAUUGUCAUGGCCCGUCGCCAAAUAGGCUGAACUAAAUUUGACCACAGCAGAUUUAAAAGACAGAGAAUGCUGUAGGUGUUUACAGUCCUAGAAGGUGUCACACUGUUGUCCACCCUCCAGCUAUACUUGUCGUGAUAAAAGUCUGAAUGUAACUCCAGCUGUAUCCCUUUUUGAAAGAGUGUUGACGUGUAAUUGUGGUGUUGCAACAAGAUUACUUCAGAUGUGUGGUUAAAGCAAACUGUAUUAAACAAGAAAUACAUGACACA